AUGGGAGAAGAAAACCAAACCUAUGUGACUGAAUUUAUCUUUCGUGGUCUUUCACAGGACUGGAAGACCCAGAUCCUGCUAUUUUUUCUUUUUCUCAUCAUUUAUCUGUUGACUGUGCUUGGAAAUCUGCUCAUCAUCAUACUCAUCUUCAUGGAUUCUCGACUUCACACCCCUAUGUACUUUUUUCUUAGAAACCUUUCUUUUGCAGAUCUCUGUUUCUCUACUAGCAUUGUCCCUCAAGUGUUGGUCCACUUUCUGGAAAAAAAGAAAAGUAUUUCUUUUUAUGGGUGCAUGACACAGAUAAUCGUCUUCCUUCUAGUUGGCUGUACAGAGUGUGCCCUGCUGGCGGUGAUGUCCUAUGACCGCUACGUGGCGGUCUGCAAGCCUCUGCACUACUCCACCAUCAUGACUCAACAAGUAUGUUUCCAAUUGGCCAUAGGGUCCUGGGCCAGUGGGGCACUGGUGUCUUUGGUGGACACAACCUUUACUUUUCAACUUCCCUAUCAAGGACAAAACAUUAUUAAUCACUACUUUUGUGAGCCUCCUGCCCUCCUGAAGCUGGCAUCUGCUGACACCUACAGCACAGAAAUGGCCAUCUUUGCCAUGGGGGUGGUCAUCCUCUUAGCGCCGGUCUCUCUGAUCCUGGUGUCCUACUGGAACAUCAUCUCCACUGUGAUUCGGAUGCAGUCAGGGGAGGGCAGGCUCAAGGCGUUCUCUACCUGCGGCUCCCACCUCAUCGUUGUCAUCCUCUUCUAUGGGUCAGGAAUAUUCACCUACAUGCGGCCAAACUCAAAGACCAUAAAAGAAUGGGAUAAGAUGAUAUCUGUGUUCUACACAGUCUUGACUCCAAUGUUGAACCCCAUAAUUUAUAGCCUGAGAAACAAGGAUGUCAAAGGGGCUCUUAGGAAACUAGUUGGCAAACAGUCCUUUUCUUAG